GCGCCUCGGGCUCUGCGUCGCGGACCGAGGGGAGGGAGGAGGGCGGGAAGCCCGGCCUGUCAGGCGCGGGGCCCGGAGCGGGGCGCAGCCCGAGCACGGGAGCCCCCGGGGUCCCGCCAGCCCGGAGGAGCGCCCACGCCCAGCGCGGGUCUGGGAAGGCUCGCCACCGCCCACAUCGUGGAGCCCCCGGGCGCCAAGCCCAGGGUUCCCCCCCGCCCACUCGGAGGUUUCUAGCCGAGAGAGCCUCUUAGGCUGGUGAACGAGGAACGAGCGAGGAGGGUACCCCCCGCCUGGUGUCAGACCCCCCACAUGCAGCCCGCCCGACGCAGGGCGGUGGGCUUGGUGCCUGCACCAGCCAGCCCCCUGCUCUGGGAGCCGCCCUCGCAGAAUCACCCUGGGCGCAGUCCGCCUGAGCCUCGCACAGCCACAGAUGCGGUGGUGACGGCAGCGCUUAGGCGCGUGGAAGGACUGCGUGAGGACAGGGACCCCAGUGCCAGCGCAGGACAAUGCGGGACGCCCAGGAGGCCCUUCGUCAGUAUUGCUGAGUGAAUGACUGCCGCAGGCUCGGAGACGGCUGAAUGGGACUCCGAAUGCCUUACAUCCCUGCAGCCCCUUCCUCUUCCCACACCCCCAGCAGCAAACGAGGCCCACCUGCAGACUGCAGCCAUCUCCCUAUGGACCGUGGUGGCCGCUGUGCAGGCUAUAGAGAGAAAGGUGGAGGUCCACAGCCGGCGACUCCUGCACCUCGAGGGACGGACAGGGACAGCAGAGAAGAAGCUGGCCAGCUGUGAAAAGACAGUGGCCGAUCUUGGGAACCAGCUGGAUGGCAAGUGGGCCGUGCUGGGCACCCUGCUGCAGGAGUACGGGCUGCUGCAGAGGCGGCUGGAGAACUUGGAGAACCUGCUGAGGAACAGAAACUUCUGGAUCCUGCGGCUGCCCCCGGGCAUUAAGGGAGAGAUUCCCAAGGUGCCUGUGACAUUUGAUGAUAUCUCCAUCUACUUUUCCACUCCAGAGUGGGAAAAAUUAGAAGAAUGGCAAAAGGAACUUUACAAGAAUAUCAUGAAGGGCAACUACGAGUCGCUCAUCUCCAUGGAUUAUGCCAUGAAUCAACCUGAUGUCUUGUCUCAGAUUCAGCCAGAAGGAGAACAUAAUACCGAGGAGCAGGCAGGGCCAGAGGACAGUGAGAUUCCCACAGACCCCAGUGAAGAGCCUGGCAUUUCAACAUCGGAUAUUCUGUCUUGGAUCAAACAAGAGGAAGAGCCCCAGGUUGGGGCUCCACAGGAGUCCAAGGAGAGUGACAUGCACAAGGGUGCCUACGCCGAUGAAGAGCUUGUCAUCAAGGCUGAAGGCCUUGCCAGAGCCUCCCUGUGCCCUGAGGUUCCAGUCACCUUCUCUUCUCCACCAGCAGCAGGAGCAAAGGAAACUUUUUCAGAUGUGGCCUUCAAAAGCCAGUCUGCAUCCAUGACACCUUUUGGACGUCCAGCCACUGACCUGGCAGAAGCCUCUGAGGGCCAAGUGACUUUUACUCAGUUGGGCAGCUACCCGCUGGCACCUCCAGCUGGGGAGCAGGUAUUCUCAUGCCACCACUGUGGCAAGAGCCUCAGCCAAGACACGCUGCUGACCCACCAGUGUAGCCAUGCUGGGGAGCACCCCUUAUCCUGUGCCCAGUGCCCUAAGCACUUUGCUCAGCAGGCCGACCUGAGCAGCAGCUCCCAGGCCCAUGCCAGUGAGACACCCCCCACCUGCCCACACUGUGCCAGAACUUUCACUCACCCGUCGAGACUCACCUACCACCUUCGGGUACAUAACAGCACUGAGCGCCCUUUCCCUUGUCCUGACUGCCCCAAGCGCUUUGCCGACCAGGCCCGACUCACCAGCCACCGGCGAGCUCAUGCGAGCGAGAGGCCCUUCCGCUGCCCGCAGUGUGGCCGCAGCUUCAGCCUGAAAAUCAGCCUCCUGCUCCACCAGCGGGGGCAUGCACAGGAGCGGCCCUUCUCCUGCCCCCAGUGUGGCAUUGACUUCAAUGGCCAUUCGGCCCUGAUUCGCCACCAGAUGAUCCACACGGGCGAGCGUCCUUACCCGUGCACCGACUGCAGCAAGAGCUUCAUGCGCAAGGAGCACCUGCUGAACCACCGGCGGCUGCACACGGGCGAGCGGCCCUUCAGCUGUGCGCACUGCGGCAAGAGCUUCAUCCGCAAGCACCACCUCAUGAAGCACCAGCGAAUCCACACGGGCGAGCGGCCCUAUCCCUGCACCUACUGCGGCCGCAGCUUUCGCUACAAACAGACGCUCAAGGACCACCUGCGCUCGGGCCACGGUGGAGGCUGUGGGGGAGAUGGCGACCCACCUAGACAGCCGCCGGACCCCCCAGGGCCCCUCCUAACUGGGCUGGAAGCCUCGGGCCUCGGCGUCCAUGCUGAAGGUCUAGAAACCAAUCAGUGGUAUGGGGAAGGCAGUGGUGGGGGAGUCUCGUAAAUCUCCCACCUGUGCUCACGGGAGGGCACGAGAAGAGCCCGUGAGCCCCUGCGCGCCCACACUGAUCACCAUUUGGCACGUCGGUGAGUUUGGGGUCCUGCACACCUGACUAGGGACGUGCUUGAGUUUUGGAACUUCACAACAUUUUGAGAACACCACAUUCUGAAACACAGAAAGACCUGGAAAGGAGCCCAGCACCCCCUUCUUUUCAACAAUAUGACCUAAUCAGAAGUUACAGGAGUGUCGCAGAGAUUGGGAAGCAAGAUUUGGCCUCUGGUAAUCCGUCACAGGGUAAUAGAUUGAUAAUGAUUGUGGCUGUAGAUGGAGACGGGUGCCUGGGAAGAGCCUGCAAAACGCCAAGCCCAUUGUGAGGCGCCACAAUGUGUCUGCCUGAACCUCAUUAAUUCCUCGAUGGUCUGGUGUUCGCGAGGAGUGCUCAGGCCCCCAUCCAUGUCCGUGUUCCUCCCAGCACCAGCUAAAGCCCGCUCCUGUGCUCAUGUACCUGCCUCCCCCGAGAAGAGACUGCCUUCCGAGGGUUGCUAGGUUAAUUCUGCUAAUACAUUCUGUUUCAUAUUGUAUGAGCAAGGAAUCUGACUUCCAAAGCUCCUAAGGAGAACAGUUCUUAACUUUCACUAGGUUGAUUUGAAGCAUUCAGGCCCUUACUGGUAUUCAAACUGCUAGAAACCUUUGUGGACAUCCCUGGUUAAAAAAUUGGGCAGUGUUCUCAGCCCCAGCUUUAAAAGCUAAAGAUCCCAGAGAAAUGGCAGAACAGCCUAAAAUGCGUGCCUGAACCAUGUUUCUUAGAGUCAUUUAUGUCAAAUUCUUCCUUUUCAUUUCCAUGCCAAUAAGCUGGCUUUCCCGUCCCAGUGUCUGAUAUUCUUGACAAUCGUCAGCAGAAAAGAUCACAGCCCUUUCCAGAAGCAUUACCAGGUUUGAGAGAGUGCCGGUGGGCUCUCGGCUUUUUCUUCCUCGGUGAUGAGAUGGUAGUGCUAUAAUGCAGCUUCUUGAGCCAUCAGAGGGUGUGUGUUCACACUGUCUGGCUCUCCCCCAUUGGCAAUGGACAACCUAAGGGACUUCAUAUGGAUUCCCUGAGAGCUGAGUACCGUGUACAGACAAGAAGAGAUUUUUCUGGCUUGUUUUGCUUGUAGGGCCCUGGCUAUCAUCUGUCCCUUCGUUGGGGACAUUCAGUCACCUGGGAGCAUCUGAGCCUGGUCCAACUCCAAAGUGGCUUUGCAAUUGGACAUAAAUUCCUUUCCUUUUAUAGAUCUCAAAUUUUAUCUGCAAAAUGAGGUUGGUGAAAGAAAAAAGCGAGUCUCUAGAAAUUUUUUUUUUUCCCGUCUUGUGACACGUUCCUUCUCCUGCCAAAAUCCUAUCACUCUUCUCUGGCUUCUAUCCAGGCAAAGCCAAAUGAGACCCCAAAAUCAAAGCAGAGACAUCUUGCUAAACUUUGACUGAAGUCAAUUUGAUUUGUUGUUUUGCUCUUGCUUGGAGCCUGAGGUGGAAGACAGAAAGAGAAUGCAGAAGCCCUGAGUCUUGGGCAAAAAAGCUGUUUAUUCCUGCACUCUCUUGUUUCCCAGCCCAACCUUUACCCGGCCUAGCUAUGCAUAACCAUACUAGUAAAACGCGUUACCCAAGCUAGCUUUGCUCCCAGGAAGGCCCUGACUCAACAUGCAGCUCUUUAGGAUAACCACAUUUAUAAAACAUCUGCUCUGUGACAUUCAUAAUACCAAGGACCAUGGGAGACCUAAGAAGUGUGUGUAGACCUAAGCUGCCAUAACUUAAUGGUCUGCAGGUGAUGAAAAACCCAAGGGUAUAUCUAGAACAGACCAACACAGAAGAUGGAUAGAUCCCUGGGAUCCAGAGCUUCCUAGCUAGGAUCUGGACCCCUACCAUGGGAGUAUCUGGGGGACUGGGAAUCCCAAAGCUAGGGUUCCAGCAUUCCUGGUGACCCACUGGAAACCUGAGUGUGAGAUCCAGCUCUGAUUUGCACCUUCAUCUCCUAAAGAAAAGGGGAAAGAAUCAAAGCACUACCUUCAGAUGGUGAGCUCCCUUUUCUGAACAGAUGUAAGCAUUUGCCAGGGCCUGCUGGAGGAGGGACUCCUAUAGUAGGUGUGACAUUGGACUAGACAACAUUGAAAUGUCCUUUUUACUCUAAGGUUUACUGAGGACACAGAACUCAUUAAUGAAGGAGACCUGGGGAUUAAAGGCUGUGGAUGGAUCCCACAAUCCUUGUGGCCAGCAAGGACAGUUCAGAUACAACGAGGCAAGAGCCUUGCAACUGAAUGAGGGGGGAUGAGCAGAACCCUGCCAGAGAGAUGGGAGGAGGUGUCAUCCAGGUCCGCAGCCUCGUGCAGACAGGGAAGUUCAGUUGCUGUCCAUUCUGCUGUCUUCCUCCACCAGUCCUCUACCAGGUGGAACUCCAGGCCAGCUCCGAGUUAGGGUUUGUUUGCUUAAGAUUCAAGAGUGGAUAAGAAAAAUGAGUCCUUGGGAAAGAUAAGUCCAACCAAAAGGUUUGUGUGUGGAGAAACUUGGUCUACCAAGAGCUCCUGCGAGAACCAUGUGUUCACCUCUGUAGUUGAGAAGUACCUGGGCAUCGGUCGUCGUGACCAGACAGGAUAGGAAAGAGGAAAACCCAGAAACGUGCUCUUUGUCGGUUGGUCCUCUGGGCUGACAGGUCUAUUCUAUCAUAAAUGGGCACCAGCCCCUUGGAGUGGAUCCAGGAGUUGACUAUAACCAGAUUCAUUCUUUGCUUACUAGAUUUUUCAUUGUCACCAUUAGAGGAAGAGGAACCUCUGGUUCAACCACAGAUGUGAAAGUAAGUGGAAGUUGAUUGCUGGUCUGGAAAGUGAAAGGAAGUGACUGGUCCUUCCUGCUGGGUAUUUGACAUUGGAAACAUUGUAACUGAGCUCUGGCUAGAGCAGCGCUUUACAGAACUUUCUCAUCACUAAUAAUAAAGUCUGCAAAAUUCCUG